UUUUAUUUAUAUGUGGUGGGGGGUAACAAAGUCUGCAGUAUUACUCGUAGAAUUUACAAUUAUCAAAAACUUAAUCAAAAGAAACGCUUAUUCUUGCAAUGUAGUGUCAUAUAAAUUAUAAUUAUCCUUAAGGUAAAUCAUAGCUUCUCGGAAACAGUAUAAAGUUAUUAAUGCUAUUGCUGGAUCUUCGUGUUGUUAGUGAUAACUAUAAGUUUUUCUACAAUUGUAACUCGGAUAAAAUGGAUUAUCGUCAAAAGCAAAGUACAAAGAAUGAUGACGAGGAUGAUGAAGAUUUAGAGGCAUUGCGAUUAGCAGCUCUUCAGUCCCUAAGAGCAAAAGCCACUAUACAUUACAAAAAGCAGACCACACUACAAUUACAGAAGGUAAUACCAGAAGUUACUCAAACAUCUUGUCUACCAUAUAAAAGACAGCAAUCUUCAAGAAGAGGAUAUUUCCCGAAUCAAUUACAACAGCGGCAGAAUGGAAAUGUAUAUUAUCAGAGUCCACGUAAUCCAAACUUAAUAGCAAUAGUUCCUGUAGAUGAACAUUCUCUGCUUCAGCAAACCGAUUUAGCUUGCUCCGUAGAUAAAAUUGGUCCACGUGUUCAAUCGCAUUCUACGGACAUAUCAAAGUUUCAUCGCUCUAAAGACAACGGCAGUGGCUCGGACGAUGAAGAUAACCAAGAUAAUAGGCACACGAUCACGGAAAUAGAAACAAUUAAAAAGGAUGAUGUGAACGUUAAAACAUCGUGUACGACAGUUGAUAGCAGAAAAGAGGCUGCAGGAAAGUUGGAAAAAGCUGACGAAGAUCAUCAAGAGGACAUUAACGAUGACGACGAUGAUAUACUUCUCAUGGCUGAUCUCGAAGAGGAAGAUAGUUUAGAGCGCUUAAUGGAUGAAAUGGAAAGAGAGAUGAAUGUUGACAAACCGUCAGAUCUAAAAGAGAAGAAAGGUAAUAAGAAGGGAAGCAAAGAAUCGAUGAAAAAAGAUGAUGUAGGCAGGAAUAUAAAUAAAAAAAACAGAGUAGAAGACUGUAAUAGUAAAAAAGAUUGUUAUAAUUCAGCUUCAAUGGUAACACUUUUAAAAAACGAAAGACGGUCAAUGUCUCCUUACACUAGCCGAAUUUCACAAAAACGUAGGUCGUUAUCACCCAGAUCGCGUUCAAGAAAGAAAUCACCUAGAAGAUCUCCUAGAAGAUCACCUAUCAGGCAGUCAAAGAAAUUUCAACGAGAAAUAACGAGGUAUAGAUCACCUCGAAAAUCCCCAUUACGAUAUUCCCCGCGUUCACGGUCACCAAAACUAUCGCCACGAUCUAGAUCACCACGAUCAUCACCACGUAGAUCACCCAACAGAUCUCCGAUGAGAAGAUCGCCUAUUAAGAAAUCAUCUCCAAGAGGGAAAUCACCAAGACUUUCGCCGCAUUCCAGAUCUCCUAGACCAAUACGUUCACCAAAAACCUCGUUGACUAGAUCUCCAAGAUUAACACGAUCGCAUUCUCCGAAAUUCUCGCCGCUUAGAUUAUCUCCACAGUGUAAAUCACCUUUAAGAUCAAGAUCAUCCAAAUUAUCUCCAAGACGAAUAUCACCCUCUAGCAGGACAUCGCCGAAAUCGAAAUCUCCAGCACAGUCUCCUCGAAGAGUAUUCUCACGUUUGUUGUCACCGAAAGUAUCACCGCGAAGAGUGUCACCGCGGUCUAGAUCACCUAGACUAUCACCGCAUAGAUCACCCUGGUCGUCUCCGAGAAAUUCUCCCCGUAUUUCUCCUAGAAGAAGAAGAUCCCCGAAAUGGUCGCCCAAAGAAGCAUCUCGAAAGCAUGGAUUACGAUCGGUUAGUCCAGAUGAGCCAGAUAGUCCGUUGUACGCGAAAGAAUCUUCUCCGAUACUUAAAGGCAGAAUAUCGCCACAGACAAAUCGUAUAAAAAUGAAACAAAAAGAAGACAGUUUUGAGAAAAUUGAUGUGACAGAAAAGGAGACUUCUGAUACGAUUAAUGAUUCCGUGUUAGAAGCCAGGCGAAAGAAAUUUGAAUCUACGAGGCCUAUAGAUCCUAUAAAUGCGAAUAAGAAAAUUAAAUUAAAUAAACAAGAAAAUACGAAUAAGAAGGUGGAAUCUUCGGAAGGCGGAGAACUUCAAUUAGGGAAUAUGCGUAAGGGCAACAAAGUUACCGAAGAAUAUGUUAUCGAGGAAUCAGAUUUGUGUUUAGAUACUCAAUACGAGUUCGAAGAAUUUGAAGAAACUACGGAAGAGAUUACUUCUUCGAUUGCUAUUACAAGUUCUGUUAAUUCGUGCAUCGAUUUAGAAUCGCAAAAAGUGGAGAAGGAGAGGUCUUCGAAAAAAAAUAAAGAACGUGAUAAAGAAUUGUAUCAAGUAAGAAAAUUGAAAAAUGAACUUCCCCUCUCUGAACGCAUUGGGAAAGAAAAGAAGUGUAAAAAACGUAAAGAUGUUGUUUCGGAUGGACCGAGCGAAGAUAUGGAUGUCGUUUUUGAAGAUAUAGCAGUUGAUGGAGAAAGUGACUUAAGAACCGAACUCAGUAGAAGACGAGCUGAAAGGCUAAAUAGGACAGUGCCAAUUCAGUCUGCAAGAUUAGUGCAGUCUGCUUUCAAAGGUGUUGUUAACGAAGUUGUGAAGAGUAAUGCAAAGGUGAAUCAGAGACAUUUAGCGAAAGCAGAUGAAAAAUCUAAUCAAAAAGAAGUGCGAAGGGUUACUGUCCUUCGUCGUUCAAUUCCUGAGUUACAUGAUUCGGAAGAUGAAAGUACUUUGGAUACCAAGGUGCCUGUGCGUUUUAGACUUGGUCUCAAUAAACAAGUGCAAGAUACCAGAGAGUCUAAAGUUUCACGAAAAACAUCCAAACGGCAGGGUCGCAAGUAAUGUGAGUGAUAGACGGCUUGCUCCGGUGAGCGGUCUUUUCUAACGGAACCAGACUUAAUGGGGAUCUUCUGGCUUAGACUACAAAGAGGUGCUUAUUUCAUGAAUGUUCUCCUCGCACAUUAUUGUUAAUAGAUUUUUCAAACGUUGAAAUAUAUAUUUAAACAUAUUUCAAGAAAACAUAAUAGAGGGAUCAUGCCGUUUCUGGGAUAUUGAAUAUGAGUAAUGAACGUAACAUGCAAGAGUACCAAGUUUACGCCUAUAACCAGUGGUAAGCUGGAGCCGAUUUAGUGGCGGAUUUAGCGUGGUGGGUGUACCUGGCGGUAACAUUUCCAGCGAUCCUGAAGAAAAAGAAAGAAUACGUGUUUGGGUAUCUUCGACGUGAUAUAAACAAAGAAUACUGAAGUAUACAAUUUGCAACACUUUGGAAUACUCUAAACCACAAAUGACGAAUAGGAUUUGACCAGCGUGUCAAAUUAAACAAAAGCUGCCAGUAUCUGCAUUGAUACAUAGGAAUAUAUGUAGUAUUUAUUAAAUAUAAAAAAAGUGGUACAAAAUGAAACUAAAUAUAAGGAUAUAUGUAACUUUUUAACGUGUCAUUUGAAAUUUCUCGUGUGUCGCCUACUUGCUAUCUCUAAUAUUAAACUCUAGUUAUGAUAUAUUUUAUGUAAGUAUGUACUUAUUGAUUAUGUAUCAUGUGACGUUCCGAAUAGUUACAUCGAUAUGUGCGUCAUGUUUCAGUAUAAAAUGAACGAGGAAGAGAAUUAAGUAUUAUUAUUUAAUAAAUGUUUAAAUUUUAGUAAUGUAAUCAUUUUCAUAAUCAGUUUCUUUUAAACAAAAAGAAAGAAGAUAAUUAGCCACGAAAAAUUGAAGUAUCUCGAUCAGUGAUUUUUUCGAGUUAGGGAUCCCUGAUGGCUACCAGGUCCAACACCCGCUAAACUCGUCACUGAGGUAGUUCUCAUGAAUCAGUUGUUAAAAGUUUAUGCAAAAACAAAUUUAAUAUAAAUGGUUUUCGUGACUAUGUAGCAAAAUUAUAUUCGUUCAAAAAAUGUUUCAGUUCCAGAAAGAAUUAGGAAAGCAAAGCAAAUUAUAAAUACAAUCGCAAUAAGUUGUGUAGAAGCAGAGAGAAUAUUUUUGUUGAUGAAUAUUAUGUGUAAUAAUAAAAGGGCGAGUCUAACAAUUAAAUAUCGCAAGGUUCAUGAUCAUUAAUCUGUUAGGCCAGCCGUUAAAUCCCUGGAACCCAGAACUGUAUGCUAACUCAUGGAUAAGAAAUCAUCGAUCUGCUAUGGAUACUAGAAUUCGUACAAUAAAACCCAAGAUUUAUUGUAAAAAUCAAGAGACCAUUUGGAAGUCAAUGCCAAAUUUGUAUAAAUUUUGAAUGUGUACAGUGUAUCUAUUUUUUAAAAAAAUAAACUGUUAUUAUUAAAGAAUGAGUUGAUACGA